AUGGCGUCCAGCAAGAUGCUGCUCGCCGCGCUGUGCGUGGUGGCGCUGCUCGCGGUGCGGUCGGAGUCCCACGGCCUGGGGGACUUCCCGAACGGCGAGACGACGCCGCAGAUGCAGAACUUCUUCAAGCCGGAGGCCGAGGCGCUCCCGGAGUCCCUCGACGGCUCCUCCAUGCCCGCCGCCACCAUGGCCGUCAAGCCGGAGGCCACGGCGAUCCCGACCACCACCACCACCACGGCCACGACGGCGGACACCUCCGCCGCGACUGCAGGCACGGUGGCGAAGUCGUCAGCCACGCCGCGCAGGUCCGUGUCCGUGGCCGCCGGCGUGGCCUGCGGCGUGGCUGCCGUGGCCGUGGUCGGCAUCGCGGCCGCCGUGGCGUACGUGGUGCGCGGCAGGCGCGGCGCGCGGCGCGGCACGGCGGUGCAGCUGGGCUCCUCCCCGUGA